AAAGAUGAAAUAUUGGGGAAACCAUGAAAGUUGAUAUCUUUACUUAUUUGUCAGCAUAUUUAUCAUAAGUUUUGAUACACAACAUGGCAUCAGAGAUUAAAGUAACACCUUUAGGUGCAGGGCAGGAUGUGGGAAGGAGUUGUAUUUUACUCACCAUUGGUGGGAAGAACAUUAUGUUGGAUUGUGGGAUGCACAUGGGGUUUAAUGACGAACGGAGAUUCCCAGAUUUUACCUACAUCACCAAUGAAGAGAACGACAGAUUGACAGAUCAUUUAGACUGUGUCAUCAUUAGCCAUUUUCAUCUUGACCACUGUGGAGCCUUGCCGUAUAUGUCUGAGAUGGUCGGAUAUGAUGGCCCUAUAUACAUGACUCAUCCAACCAAGGCCAUCUGUCCUAUACUUCUAGAAGACUACAGAAAAAUCACAGUCGAACGAAAAGGAGAAGAAAAUUUCUUUACCUCAGAAAUGAUUAAAAACUGCAUGAAAAAAGUUAUAGCUGUUAAUCUGCAUGAAACUAAACAGGUUGAUGAGGAGCUGGAAAUCAAGGCUUACUAUGCAGGCCAUGUCCUUGGUGCAGCAAUGUUUCAUAUUAAAGUCGGACAACAGUCUGUUGUGUAUACAGGGGACUAUAAUAUGACUCCAGACAGGCAUUUGGGGGCAGCCUGGAUUGACAAAUGCCGCCCUGACCUACUCAUUACUGAAUCAACUUACGCUACAACAAUACGAGAUUCUAAGCGCUGCAGAGAAAGAGAUUUCCUGAAAAAAGUUCAUGACUGUGUGGAAAAAGGUGGAAAGGUCCUGAUACCAGUGUUUGCCCUUGGCAGAGCACAAGAACUGUGUAUUUUACUAGAGAGUUACUGGGAAAGAAUGAACAUAAAAGUUCCCAUUUACUUCUCACUAGGCCUCACAGAAAAGGCCAACCACUACUACAAGAUGUUUAUUACAUGGACAAGUCAGAAAAUUAAGAAAACUUUUGUUCAACGGAAUAUGUUUGAGUUUAAGCACAUCAAGCCCUUUGACAGAGCCUAUAUUGAUAAUCCUGGUCCUAUGGUGGUGUUUGCCACACCAGGAAUGUUACAUGCGGGUCUGUCUCUUCAGAUCUUCAAGAAAUGGGCACCUCAUGAUGUCAACAUGGUAAUAAUGCCUGGAUAUUGUGUAGCUGGAACUGUUGGUCAUAAAAUUCUCAAUGGAGCUCGUAAAUUAGAGCUGGAGAACAAACAAAUGUUGGAUGUGAAGCUGUCUGUACAGUAUAUGUCCUUCAGUGCUCACGCUGAUGCCAAGGGAAUCAUGCAGCUCAUUUCCCAGUGUGAGCCCAGAAAUGUCAUGCUUGUCCAUGGAGAGGCUGCCAAGAUGGACUUCUUAAAAAACAAAAUCCAGCAGGAAUUCGGUAUUGAUUGCUUCAAACCAGCUAAUGGGGAGACUGUCACCAUAGAAACAAUGCAUAAUAUUCAUGUGGACAUUCCACUCUCUUUAUUAAAGAGGGAAGCAUCAAAAACAGGACUGCUUCCCCCAGAUGCUAAAAGACCCAGAGUUUUACAUGGAGCCUUAGUCAUGAGGGGAAAUAGGCUGCAGAUCAUUGACCCGAGUCAGGCCCUGAAGGAGAUGGGGGUGGAGGAGCACCACCUGAGGUUUACCUCCACCAUCUCCAUAGAGGAAGACGGACCCGCUAACAAGGCCGCAGAGAAAAUCUACCAGCUAGUCAAGAGAAAGCUGAAGGAUUUUUCCAUCCAUUAUUCCUCGGAUGGCUCUAUAUCUAUAUCCGAAUCCGUCCUGAUCCAGGUGUCUGGUGACGAAGACGAGACAAAGUCUGUCCUUGUGUCCUGGUCUCACCAGGAUGAAGAUAUUGGGAGUUUCCUUCUUCAGCUGUUGAGGGAGGACCCUUCACUGGUUCAGGCAGUAUGAGUACAGAUGAUAUCUUGUUGUAGAUGAUGUGGUAUAGAGAGAUUAUCUUCUUUGAUUGAGCUCAGAUAAGCAGUGAAUUUUAAGGUGACUGUGUGUAACUGUUGAUUGUUAAUGAACGAAUAGAUCCAGAGAUGAGCAGAGCAUUGACUUGUUGGACUCUGAACCCUUUUGAUUUAUAUCAACGUUAACAACCAUUCAUAGUUGUCAUGAUGCUCUGUGAAGGAGAAUAAUCUCAAAGUGUGAUGAAACCAAACACUGAGACUUAAUCCUAUGAUAAUUAGACAGCACGAGUGUCAUAUUAAUAUGACCUACCCAAGGAUUAAGAGUGCAUAUCAAAUAUUUCAUCACAAGAUACAAACAUAUUGAUUAGCAGACUAAAGUGCAUGAAAAUGUUUAUUAGUUGUAUCAGCAAGCAAACACGGUGCCAUUUUAAUGAUGCACAAACUGCCAUAAACUUGGAGUAUGUUUGUGAUGAACAAAUAAAGGAUAGAAAUAAUGAUGUCAACACGUGUGAUAGAUAGUGAAUAAUAAAAAUAUAUUUACCAGCUUUGUACCUGAUCAGAAGUGCUACAUAAUGAGUUUGAUCAGCUGUUGUUUUCAUGUGGAAGGUAUUUUUCAUGUAGAAGAGAUAAAAUAUUUGUGUAAUAAGAUCAGAUGAAUCAUACAUCAUCACAUACUUCUAAUGAUAUUUGUUUUUAUGGAGAAAUAAGCCUUUAUCACACAGGUCAUCUGUAUUUACUUGUAAGGAGUUAAUCCUCUGCUGCCUUCACCUGAUGUGAUAAUAAAAACCAAUGAUUUAAAAAAAAAACGUUUUAGUGGGGAAAAGUUACAUAUUUUUUCUUAUUUUCUUGUUAUUAGCUGUGCAAAUGAGAAAAGUAUUACUUUAGUGCAGUAAAAAGACAAACUAGCUUUGGAUAUGUCUAAAAGCUGUUCAGGAUGAAGAACUUAGUUAAACUAAAAUUUUAACACAU